ACUGCACAGUUCUAAGUUCUAAGAAAUAAUCACUAAUAAUGAUAGAAGAUUUUAUUUUUUUAUUUUUUUUUAUUGAAUUUCCUUGGUUUCUCACAAAAAACAAAAACGAUCAUAAAUGCAAUCUCACAGGGGUAAAUGGCGUAUAUGAACCAUGAUGUAUAUAUCAUGGGUAAUUGACCUAAAGUAAACAUCUGCUAAGUAUUUUUUAGUUGAAUUGUUAUGGCUGUAUUGAUUUAAAAGCCUAAUAAUGUGGUGGUUCCACCAGACCCGGUAAUAUUGGCUGUGUAAAAAAAUAUGAACACGGGUUAAAGAACUGUAUAGGCUGACUGUAAAAUAAGUCCCAAAAAUGAAUUUGUUAGCCCAUAAUAAUAAUGGUUAUUACCCUUAUGGGUAGAAUAGCAGGGGCCCAUGAUCAGCCCACAUGGGGCCCAGGUAGUGUGGGCCCCAGAUGGGAGAAACCUGGGUUGCCCGUGUGGGUUUUAGCAAGGGCCCAUGUGAAGCCCAACUUCAGCCUAUCUGGGCUUGCCCACAUGGGGCCACCAUGGAACCCCCGGACAAAAUUAACUGGGCCCCAUCUGGGCAGCCCAGAUGGGGCCCACUCACCAGCCCAUAUCCAACCCUUAUGGGCCCCACAUGGGGAAACAUCAAAUUCUCUAAAGCUGUUUGCCAAGCUUUCGAUUAAAUUUAAUAUUUGAAAUCACCAAUGAAAUCUGACAACAACUGUCUCAUAAAUUUUGAUUCUGAACGCUUGAAUCAUGACAAAAAAAGGCAUUUUUUUCAGGCUAGAUCAAGCUAAUGCGCAUGCGCAGUCCACACUGUGCAUCUCUAUAGGAGGCGCGCGUCUUACUGUUUCUAUAGGAACCGGAGCUUCUAACGGCCGCUGCAGCGACGCGAUCACUUUGCCAAUCGGCGAUUGGCGCUUAUUUAGAAGGCGGGACUUAUUCCGCCAUAUUGCGCGUUGCACAUUCCCCCACUCAAAACAAUACGAGUGACACGUCUUGUGUUAUUCUGUAGCCUUUGCCUGUAUUCUCCUGCGUUUGCGUAGGUUUAUACAUGAUUUAUACCUUACAAAUCUGAUGAAAUGGCACACAUUGCGUUUCCAGAUGAAUGUUAAAAGUAAUCCAAACUCACAGUAUAUGCAGAGAUGGAGUUUGAGACGCACCACUAGUGUAAAUGAUAACAGUUUGUGUUGGAGCUGCAUGCCGCUCUGAGGUAACGCACACAGGUACACGCAUGUAAUUGCAUUAAACCUGCAGCACAAACAUUUAUUUAAUUGAAUCGCAGCCUUUGUAAAUUCACAAUAGCAUUAUGCUUUAUUAUGAUUUUAAACGGGUUUAAUAUCGUAUAGUAGCCUUCAACGGUCUAAUAAUAAUCCGGUAUUUUGCCGGUUACUCAACACGGGCAAAUUGCAAUCGAGGAUUUUUUUUGAGUACUCGAAUUUAAUCGAGGAAUUGUGACAGCCCUAGUUUAGUUUGUCUCACGUCCCAUUAUGGGCUUAUGACCUAUACUGGAUCCAACCACUUGGGGGCGAUCGAAACGUUUUGGCUUCACUUUUCAGGACUUCUACUGAUAAAGUGUAAAAGCGACAGAGAAUUAUAGAAACAAAAAACACGUACAAUAAAACAUGUUGUAAUCCAAUGAAGUUAACAUUAAGUGGAUUAUUUAAAUGUGUCUUCUAGAUAAUUUCAUUCAAAGUGAUUUACUUACAGUAUGCUACAUGUUUUGGACCCACUUUAUAUUAGGUAACUACUAGGCUAUGUACUAUCAUUGAAAUUAAUCAUUUGAUACAAUGCACUUAUUGUGUAAAUACAUGUUUUUACAUUGUAAAAAUACCUGCAUCUAAUUACAGCUGUAAUUACUUUACAUCUAUAAUUACAUGUUGCCUUAAACCUAUACCACCAAACCUGUCCCUAACCUUACCCGUAUCCCACCUCAAUAGCAGAAAAAGUGUUUUGCAAUACAGUGUGAACACAAUAAGAUGGCGAUGAAACACUAUAGUCUGAACAUGUAAAGCGCAUGUGCAUGAUAUCAUCGUUUCCACAGUUUCGCGUUUUUGUUGUUUACAUGGAGGCCGUAAAAACUUGCACUUUGAAACGCCGUUGUCGUGUAAAUUAAAGGCCAAAAUGAUAAAAAGUUUUCCGUUUUUAGUUGAAAACGGUGUCGUGCAAAUUCGUGUCGUGGAUUCGUAUGAAUGGGGGUCGUUUUGACAAUGGUGUCGUCUGUACGCGGAAAACUCAAAGGAAAAACUUCUCCGUUUUAAGCAUAUCGUUGUCGUGUAAACGUACCCUUAAAUGCAAUUACAAAGCAAUUACUUGGUUUUGUUUAACUCUGAAACAUGAAAUGUUGAGUUAUCUGCUUUUGCUAAAAAAAAAAAAAAAACUUUUAACAUAUAAAAAACAUACUUUCAAUGAACUUUAAUUUAUUAUUUACUACUUAAUCAAAACAACCCAACUGAAGUUUUAAUGAUAUUACUUGGAAUGCACAAAAAAAAAAAAAAAAAUGAUUUAUGAGAAUUAAUAGAAACGGAGUUAUCUGUUUUUGCAAAUGAACUCUUCAAAUAUCAUAUAAUAAUUUAUUAUCAGGCUAAAAAUGACGGUUCUCCAAUAUUUUGCAGGAAUACAAAACCAUCUCUUUGAAUUCAGUAAAUUUCCAUUCUGAUGAUCCAUUCCAUUCUGUAAAUUUCCUCCUCUGGUGGGUGGAGCCGAUGUCAUCUGAAGUGCUUAUAAACCUGCUAUUGUUUAGAAAAGUCAUGCCUCACUGGCGAAAGCUCAGUCAUCUGAAAAUCAGCAUCACAAUCUGACAGAAUUUCCUGGAAUUCAGAAUUGGCUAUCUGACAUGUAAAGACGUUCCAGAUAAAAUCACACAAUGAUAAAAUCCUCUUGGAAGUUUCACAGUCUGGAGAUCCAGCGCAGCACAAAAACAGGAAGUCACCUGCUCAGGGAUAAGCAGCUCUCACAGAUAAACUGCACUGAUUCAUUUUUAAUUUGUUUUGUUUGUGUGUGUGUGUUUCAAGAUAUUUAAAUGUACAUAAAUUAACAUUAAUUCUCUUUCGUAGGUCUUGAAGCUCAGCUGAGAAUAUAACUGACAAAGGACAAUGGCUGAUAAUCUCCAUGAAAGAGGAUCUCAGCUUGACAAUCAGCCUUCAAAUAGAGCAGCUCCUCUGCAGAACAAUGGCAACAUUAAUAUUGUCCUUCUGGGGAAAAAUGGAGUUGGGAAAAGUUCCUCAGGAAACACCAUACUGGGAGAAGACAGAUUCACAUGUGGAAGAAGUCUGUAUGCUGUUACAAAUAUAUCUAGCAUUCAGAGAUCAGUGAUUGAUGGCAGGUCUGUGUCUGUCAUCGACACUCCUGGGUUUUUUUGUACUAAUCUUCCAAAAGAGCAGCUCUCGAGGGAGUUUGCGAGGAGUGUGUUUCUGGCUGCUCCGGGAGUUCAUGUGUUUUUAUUCGUUGUGCCGUUCGGCAGGUUCACAGAGCAGGACGAAGUCAGAUUGACACACAUUAAACAGGUUUUUGGUGAAGAUGUGCUGAAGAAUGUUAUUAUCCUCUUCACAUACGGGGAUGAAUGUGACCAGGAGACAGUACAGUCAGAAACUGAUAAAAAUGAAGUUGUCAGAAGAGCCGUUCAGAGCUGUCAGGGUUAUCAUGUGCUCAAUAACAGAGAUCUGACUGACAGACAGCAGGUUAGUGAACUUCUGCUGAAGAUUGAGACAAUGAUAGAGUGGAAUAAAGGACACUACACUAAUGAGAUGUAUCAGUUGGCACAAAUGACCACGUUUGAACGUUUCUGGAAAAUUUUUAAGGAUUUUUUUAAUGCUAUGAUCGACACUUUCCAGAACAUGUCUAGCAGUCUUGAUAAUACAGUAGCUAUUGGAGACAAAGAAUGGCACCAUACAUUAGACUCUAAUUAAAACUAAGAGUUCAUUUUCUUUGCUUUUGAUUUACUGCAUUAAACCUGAUGAAAGAUAACCAAAUGUGGACGACAGGCUUCUCCGUGGGGGGAAAUUAUGUAAAGGAAAAAAAAAAGGAAAUUUAAUUAAAUUACUAUAUAAUUGAGCAAAUGUCUUUAAGUGGGUUUAAAAGUACUUUAGCUAUAUUGUACUUUCACAUUUUGAAAAGAUGCAUAAAUGUUAAAACAUUAUAUUUGCUAUGUAAGAUGUACUAUGUGUUUACACGUUCCAUUCAUUAUGAAGAUUCUUACGUAAAUAUUUUCAUUUGAUACUAUGAAUACAAAAUAUUGAAUCUUACAACCAACAUUUUUUUAAUGCAUAUUCAACAGGCGCCUGUUAAUUGCAACUUUCUGCUCAGUUGCAUUAUCCACAAUAUAUCUCAACACUUUAAGAUUUGCCUAUUAGAAAUAAUGAAAUAUAGCUUUUUUGUAAGAAAAGUCUUUCUUAACUUUCUUAAAUAUCAUUAUAAAAUGGAUAGUUCCGGCCCUUGAUUCUGAUUGGUUGAGCCGCGUUCAAAGCCAUUGUAAAAUUCCUGAAAACAUACAGCUGACCGCAUUACAUAAGUAUCGCUGCGCCACUGAGUGUGUCUGUCGUAGCAACCACUUUUAGCAAUGUAAACAAAUGUUUGUACUCUAUUGAUAUUGUUCAUUGAAGCUUACUGUAUUAUGUAGAAGAGUAUUGUGAGAGAGAUAUCGAGUGACCGAGUGUAUUACCUGCAUUCAGAUUUAGCAUUUUCCGUUUGAAUGUCCGCUGCGAUCUUAUCCUUUUAACAUUUAAUGGGUUUUCCUGUGCCCUGCUGACACUGAUGGCGCUAGUCAAAGCAUUUGUGUCUUGUUCCGUGUUCACAACAAGUUUUAAUAUAAAAGUCAUUGCGACUGAGUGCCUCACUCAUAAAGAAUCUUUGCCGCCAUCUAAUGGCAUAAUAAUGUAACUUCUGUUGCUGUUCACGGUCAGGGACUAUUUUUUCCAGCGGAAGGAAGCAUUUAAAUGAUUUUACUUCAUGAACAUUGCAUUGAUACAUAUUUUUUGGCUUUAAUAUUUGUAUUGUGUGGUAACCGUUUUAUAAAAGCAAUAAGCCCUGUGAAGCCGUGGUUUACAGUGAAUUUAUAACAGCUAAGAGGGUUUUAGGCACUCCACUCCACGUCAUGCCUAACAACACCCCUUAGCUGUUAUAAAUUCACUGUAAACCAUGGCUUUUUGGGGCUUAUUGCUUUAUUUAACUUUGUCAAAAUGUUACAGAAGAUCAUCUGCUCUGUUACUGUGAGUGCUAUGUGGAAUAAUCUGACAUUUUAUUCAGUGUAUAAUUUUUGUACAUGUACUGAUAUGUGUAUGGAAUUCAUUCAUUCAUAAUACAAAAUAAUAAACUCUGACAAGACCUUA